CUUGCGUUCUCUCCCGGCAGGAAGAUGGCGGCUGUCAGGAUGCGGUCGUGUGUGUUGUCAGUUUUACUCCUCAACGUUUUCUACAGUUUCGUCUCCUCUUUGUACUUUCACAUCGGAGAAACCGAGAAGAAAUGUUUCAUAGAGGAAAUCCCAGACGAGACGAUGAUUAUCGGAAACUACCGGACUCAGCUGUACGAUAAGCAGAGGGAGGAGUACCUGCCGGCCACUCAGGGCCUGGGGAUGUUCGUGGAAGUCAAAGACCCUGAUGAUAAGGUGAUUCUGUCUCGACAGUACGGCUCUGAAGGACGCUUCACCUUCACGUCGCAUACGCCUGGAGAGCACCAGAUCUGCCUCCACUCCAACUCCUCCAAGUUCUCCCUGUUCGCUGGAGGCAUGUUGAGGGUUCACCUGGACAUCCAGGUGGGAGAACACGCCAACAACUACGCCGAGAUCGCUGCCAAAGACAAACUGACGGAGCUGCAGCUGAGAGUCCGUCAGCUGGUGGAGCAGGUGGACCAGAUCCAGAAGGAGCAGAACUACCAGAGGUAUCGUGAGGAGCGUUUCCGUCAGACCAGUGAAAGCACCAACCAGAGGGUCCUGUGGUGGUCCAUCGUCCAGACCCUCAUCCUGGUGGCCAUCGGCAUCUGGCAGAUGAGGCACCUCAAGAGCUUCUUCGAGGCCAAGAAACUGGUGUAGAACUCCCACAAUCCCACAGCUCGGUGUGUGUGUGUGUGUGUGUGUGUGUGUGUGUGUGUGUGUGUGUGUGUGUGUGUGUGUGUGUGUGUGUGGGUGUGUGUGUGUGGGUGUGGGUGUGUGUGUGUGGGUGUGUGUUCUCUACUGAUCGAUGCAGUAACUGAGCGACGAAGAUCGACUCCGUCAGACAAAAAAAAAAAGAAAAAACUGCCAAGAGGACGAGACGCAGAGAAACGGAUCUGCACGACCGGGUUUGAAGACGUUUAUUCUGGAGGUUUUCCACCAUCAGACCCCCCCCACCCCCCUCCCAUUCAGUCGAAUAUCAGGGAAAACAUGUGGCUCUGUGUUUGUCGGUCCUCUGAUGGUUCAUGUACGUCCUCACGGGCAGAUCCAGGUCCUUUGUCUAUUCAUUAUUUUGCCCUUUUUCUUCUUUUGGUUUUGACAUGAUGUGUUACUGGCCACUGGAGUUCAGUUUUUAUAUAUUAUUUGACCGUUUUAAACCAAUGCAGUUCAGUUGAGAAGUGGCGACGUUUCUUUUACGAGUUUGUGAAAAAUCCAAACUGUGUGUCUUUUAUAAUCAUCAGUAAAUAGAAGGUUAGUGUCGGAAACUGUCACAUGAAGGGGUAAAUCACACGCGGAAUGCAGAAUAAAUCCGAUCUGCAGAGGGAAACAAAUCAACGUCUGGCUUUUCUCUCUGUCCUGAAGAUUUAUUAGUGUUUUUUUGGUUGUUGUUGCUUUUUUUCUGGGUUUUAUCUGAAUCAUCGGGGGCUUGGAUUUAUUAUUUUUUAGACUCUUUCUCUGUGAAAUCUGUCUAAAAUUGCACUCGAAAUAAAGUUUGGUCACAUUGGGUUUGAAGGGUAAAAGUGAGUAAUAAAGUCUUUUUAAUAAACUGUGACUAUUAUACAACAGAGUAUUUUACAUAAGUGCGUUUUGUCUGCAGAGGAAUGGAAUAAAAUGAAAACUAAUUCCAUG